AUGCUCGAGUUGCCCGGAAAAUGGUGUCCAGCGAGUCACCAGCAAGCACGGCCCGUUGCUUUGCGAACGUUGCGCGUCGGCCUAUUGGUUGGUGGCUUGCUGGGAGAAAGAAGCAAUGCUUUCAGGAAAUCCUCCGAAAGCUAUAAUCGCAAAAAAGUCUGCAAUGGCAAGUACUGUACAACGAUGAAACCAUGCGCCAUUUGCUGGUUCGAAAUGAAAUGGGCACCGCUGGGCCUCCGUCCACUCGGCUCGCCACAAACGCCCGACGUCAACGAUGAG